AUGUCUUCAAUUGCUGCUAUGGCCUCCCGCCGGGCCUUCGCCCGCCAGUCCUUCCUUCGCGCUCCCCCGCGCCGCCUCUACAGCUCCAAGGUUGAGGAGGCUGGCCUCGACAAGGGCCCCAAGCGUGACCCCGAGCUCUACGUUCUGCUCGGUGUCAUGUCCGGUGCUUUCCUGCUUGCCGGAUGGUACUUCGGCAGAAAGCCCACCUCCGUCACCUCCGAGAGCAACGUCCGCAUUGGCGAGAGUGCCAUGCCCUGGGAGCAGACCGACGAGAGUGGCAAGGUCUACAAGUACCAAUACCACCCCCACGGUGACAAGAGCCAGCCCCUGCGCAACGCCCCCAGCGCCCUGAACACCGUCAUUGUUCCCAACGUUACCCUGCCCGUGGACCUCCACGAGCGCUACAACAAGUACGGAAAGGAGGAGUGGGACUACUAA